AUGGCUGGUGCACAGAAGUCAGUCUGGAGUGCCCUCCCUGGCCUGCUGAUUGCCCUUCUGUGCCUGGGCUCUGCUGAGGGUGGAAGGCUGUUGGUGAUACCAGCAGACGGCAGCCAUUGGACAAGCAUGAAGCCCCUAGUGGAGGAACUGGGGAGGAGGGGUAACCAGGUGGUGGUUGUGAUCCCAGAGGCCAGUCUCAGCAUGGGCCCCUCUGAGCACGCCACCACCCUGACCUUUCCCGUACCAUACACCAAGGAGAACAUGACUAAGGACCAGGAAAAAGCCCUGAACCGUUUAUUGACCACAGAUGUCUCCACUGCUGUGGCAAAGCUAAAGAACUACUGGACCACCAUAACCAUGCUGAGUCAUGUUGCCAUGAAGACCUGUGAAAGCAUGGUGUACAACAAGGAUCUGAUGCGGACCUUACGGGACUAUGACUUUGAUGCUCUGCUCACCGACCCGUUUUGGCCUGUUGGAGUAAUCGUUGGGGCGUAUCUGGACAUUCCGUCGAUCUACAUCCAAUCAUCUCUCCAUUGUCACCUCGAUAUUACUUCCUCGAGAUGUCCCCACCCCGUUUCAUACCUGCCACGGCGUUUAACACACUACAGCAGUCGCAUGACCUUGUGGGAGAGGACCGUCAACCUGCUAAGGUCCUUACUGGAUCCUGCGGCCUGCAGACGUCUUUACGCUCAUGCAGACAGGGUGGCCUCUGAUAUCCUGCAGAGGGACACCUCCAUUGUGGAGCUGGCAAGCAACGCAGCACUGUGGCUGAUGACCUUCGACUUCAUCUUUGAGUUCCCCAUGCCUCUGAUGCCCAACAUGAUUCCAAUUGGUGGGAUGAAAGCAGAAAAGCCUAAACCCCUACCACAGGUGAGUUUUGUUUUGAGGUUGUCCAAUAUCUCCCAAGGGCGUUGA